UAAAGAUGUCAGGAGAUAUACCAUUAAAUAUUAAUAUCAAGGAGCCCCGAUGGGAUCAAAGCACUUUUGUUGGACGAGCUAGUCACUUCUUUACUGUAACAGACCCCCGGAAUAUUUUGUUAUCUGAUGCCCAACUGGAAAAUGCAAGAAAAAUUGUGCAUGAUUACAGACAAGGUAUUGUGCCACCUGGCUUGACAGAAGAUGACUUGUGGAGAGCAAAAUAUAUCUACGAUUCAGCCUUUCACCCAGACACUGGUGAAAAGAUGGUCUUGAUUGGCCGAAUGUCAGCUCAGGUACCCAUGAACAUGACUAUCACAGGUUGUAUGAUGACCUUUUAUAGAACGACACCAGCGGUGGUUUUCUGGCAGUGGAUUAACCAGUCCUUCAAUGCUAUAGUAAAUUACACGAACAGGAGCGGUGAUGCCCCGAUUACUGGCAGCCAGCUGGGAACAGCCUAUGUUUCUGCUACCACGGGUGCUGUUGCGACAGCCUUAGGACUUAAUGCACUAACAAAGCAUGUCUCACCUCUUAUAGGACGGUUUGUUCCUUUUGCUGCUGUUGCUGCUGCUAACUGCAUUAAUAUUCCACUAAUGAGACAAAGGGAACUCAAGUUGGGAAUCCCUGUCACAGAUGAGAAUGGAAACAGACUGGGUGAAUCAACAAAAGCAGCUCAGCAGGCGAUUACCCAGGUGGUUAUAUCCAGGAUUCUUAUGGCUGCUCCUGGCAUGGCGAUUCCUCCCUUCAUAAUGAAUACACUGGAAAAGAGAGCCUUUUUAAAGAGAUUUCCUUGGAUGAGUGCUCCCAUUCAAGUUGGAUUAGUUGGAUUCUGUCUUGUGUUUGCAACACCCCUGUGUUGUGCACUGUUCCCUCAAAAAAGUUCUAUGUCUGUAACACGCUUGGAGCCAGAAUUGCAAGCCAAGAUUCGAGAGAACAGCCCUGAACUAGAACGUGUAUACUUUAAUAAAGGAUUAUAAUUCAAUGAGGGACUUGUGAACUUACUUUUGAAUUAAGUACCAACAUAUUUGAAGAUGAGAUCUCACUUUUGACUUGUCCUUUUGUUAAA